AUGUCGUCCAACAUCGACUACCUGCUCCACGAGAGUUCGGUGGGGUAUGCUAUCUUUCACGUCGUCCACCAAGCCGAUACAAUUGGCAACCGAUUAAAGGAAGUCCAAGAUGCCGGUCAAGAUCUUGCAAAGUUUGGAAAGAUGGUCAAGCUUGUAAACUUUGCGCCUUAUAGAGGUGCUGCUGAAGCCCUGGAGAACAUCAACCUUGUGUCUGAAGGCGUCCUCUCCGAAUACCUCCGAUCGAACCUCGAAUUGAACCUCCCAAAGCCUUCCAAAAAGAAGAAGAUUGUGUUAGGAGUACAAGACAAGAACUUGGCCGGAAGCAUUAAGGCAUCGUUCCCUGGUGUGGAGUGUGAGACUGGCGAGACUUCUGAGGUUGUCGCAGACUUAUUAAGAGGCUUGCGACUUCAUGCAGGAAAGUUACUGAAGGGUCUUCAAGAGGGCGAUGUCGAGCGGGCACAACUCGGUCUUGGUCACGCAUACUCUCGCGCAAAAGUCAAGUUCUCAGUUCAGAAGAACGACAAUCAUAUUAUCCAAGCCAUUGCUACUCUGGAUCAUCUCGACAAGGCUGUCAAUACCUUCUCCAUGCGAGUCAGGGAAUGGUACGGCUGGCAUUUCCCAGAACUUAUUCGAAUUGUAUCGGACAACCAUACCUACGCAAAGCUUGCGCUCGCAAUUGGGGACAAAAAGUCCUUGACUGACGCAAACCUACACGAUAUCGCCGCCAUUGUGAAUGACGAUGCGGAUAUUGCACAGGCUAUCAUCGACGCCGCGCGAGUUAGUAUGGGUCAGGAUAUUUCAGUGACCGACAUGGAGAACGUUUCGGCAUUCGCAAACCGUGUGGUCAAGCUUGCCGAGUAUAGAAGGUCAUUAUUCCAAUACCUUGUCAACAAGAUGGCAAUCGUUGCGCCCAACCUGGCUUCACUGAUCGGUGAGAUCGUCGCAGCACGACUAAUAUCCCAUGCUGGCUCCCUUACCAACCUCUCAAAAUACCCUGCAUCUACCGUCCAAAUUCUUGGUGCCGAGAAAGCACUCUUCCGAGCUCUGAAGACUAAGGGAAACACACCAAAAUACGGAUUGAUCUACCACUCAAGUUUCAUUGGCCGGGCUGGUGCAAAGAAUAAGGGACGGAUUUCAAGAUUCUUAGCCAACAAGUGCAGUAUUGCCAGCAGAAUUGACAACUUCUCUGAAGAACCAUCGACAAAGUUUGGAUUAGCAUUAAGAAAACAGGUUGAGGAGAGAUUAGACUUCUACGCCACCGGAGCUGCACCGACCAAGAAUGAGGACGCAAUGAAAUCAGCAAUGGAUGCCGUCCUAGGCGACAUCAACAUCGCGGACCCCACGGCUGAUGCCGAUAUGGCAGACAUCACACCUCGCGCCGUCCAGAAGCAAGAAAAGAAAUCCAAGGACAAGAAGGAGAAGUCAAAAGACAAGGAGCACAAGAAGGAUAAGAAGAGAAGACACAGCGAAGUAAACGGAGAUGCGGGCGAAGGCGAAAAGAAGAAGAAAAAGAAGAGCAAAAGAGAGUCAUCUUCCGAGUAA